AUAGGCGUUCGUGCGGUGAAGACUAGCUCAGGUGUGGGGAGUGAGCGGCUGGGAUUGACUUAACGCUCAGUAGUUCUGGAAGUGCGCCAUCAAGGGAGUGGAGGCGAGUGAUAGGGGAAACAGGUUACAGGGAUCUUGAACCAUGCGAAUCUUGGCUGUGACGAGAAUUUUGCCCGGCCUUCUAAUCCGGCUGGCUGUGAUUAUGCUGUCCAGACUCGUGGGUCGCGAGGACUACUCACACAUGGACGCCACAGACAGACUCCUUCCCCAGUAUGACUUCAUUGUGGUCGGGAGCGGGUCUGCUGGCGGGGCGUUGGCGGCGAGGCUGGCAGAGGUGGACGAGUGGCGUGUGCUGUUGCUGGAGGCUGGAGGGUUGCCGCCGCCUGAGAGUGACAUCCCGGGCCUCAAUCCCAUCCUGCUGCAGAGUGAGAUUGACUGGCAUUACUUCACGGUGCCGCAGAAACAUGGUCUACGUGGAUAUGUUAGUGAUUCGUGUCACAUGCCGGUGGGUCGGGUGCUGGGCGGGUCCUCCACACUCAACUGGAUGAUGUACGUGCGCGGCAACAGGCGGGACUUCGACAACUGGGCAGCGAUGGGCAACCCUGGCUGGAGCUACGCCGAGGUGCUCCACUACUUCAGGAAGUCAGAAAACUACCUAGGCACGCGAAACGAAGCCACGGUCGAAUUCCACGGGCGCGGCGGUCCUCUCACUGUGGAUGACAAGUUAUGGGCGCCGCCGCUGACCGAAGCCAUCCUACAAGCCGGGAAAGAACUAGGAUUCCAAGUGAUUGACCCUAAUGGACCCGAAAUGAUUGGCUUCUCCAUCCCUGACAUGACAAUAAGACACGGGCGACGCGGUUCUACCUCGGCGUCCUAUAUUCUACCGGCAGCUAAGAAGAGAAGGAACUUGCACGUGGUCCUCAACGCGCAGGUUACUAAGGUGCUGUUUAACAAGGACAGGAGAGCAGUUGGGGUCAAGUUUGUACAAUAUGGAAGGGAGAGACAAGUGAUGACACGACGAGAGGUAAUCCUGUCUGCUGGCGCUCUCAACUCCCCGCGACUCCUUAUGUUGUCUGGUGUUGGUCCCGCUCAUCACCUGCGCAGCCACGGGAUCCCGGUAUUGGUGGACCUGCCGGGCGUGGGCCAGAACCUGCAGGACCACCCUUCAGUGUUUGGCCUCACAUGGACGGUCAGGCCAGGCACCAGCACCUCCCUCCUGCGCAGCGCCUCCAUCCACUCCAUCAAGCAAUACCUCACCCACAAGACAGGCCCACUCAGCGUACCCUUCGGCGUGGAGGUGAACGCGUGGAGCCCGGCACAUCCCUCAGUGGGCGACCCGAUGUGGCCUGACCUACAGUACCUCUUCAUGUCCAUCACGCCCGCGGUGGACUACGGCCUGCUCUUCACUGACGGCGUGGGCUUCAGGCGGGAGCUGUUCAGGGAGUACUACGGGUCACUGCUAGGGAAGGAAGGGUUCAACAUUGGCCCUAUGCUAACGCGUCCCAAGAGCCGUGGCACCCUCACUCUACAAUCCAGUAACCCAUUCGACCCGCCACUCAUUGACCCCAACUUCCUCAGCCACCCAGAUGACGUGGACACCUUCGUCAGGGGCAUCAAGUUCGCCAUGGCCGUCGCCAACACAACUGCACUAAAAAUUGGAGUCGGGGCAAGAUUUCAUGACCAGGUCUUACCAGGCUGCGAGGGGGAAGUGUAUGGCUCGGACCGCUAUUUGGCGUGUUUCGUGCGUCACAUGGCCCAGACCACGUACCACCCUGUCGGCACGUGCAAGAUGGCCCCGGUGACUGAUCCCUACAGCGUGGUGGACCAUCGGCUCAAGGUGCGGGGUGUGGGCGGCCUGCGGGUGGUAGACGGCUCCAUCAUGCCCCUCAUCACCACAGCCAACGUGAACGCGCCCAUAAUUAUGAUUGGCGAGAAGGCAGCGGACAUGAUCAAAGAGGAGUGGGGCGUUCCGAUCACCGUUAACCUGGUCUGAGCAAGGGCCGUAUUCUGAAACUCUUCGCUCUCUCACCACAACUAUUUUCCAAGACCACAGACAUGACAAGCCGGGUUUCUAAGGGUCUUUCUCCUGUGAACUGUAAAGUAAUAGUGGUCAUUUGUCAUUAGGACCAUAAAAAAAACACCCUUGAAAACUUGUGUCACUUAAGCAGGAGCCUUUUGAAAUAGUGAAGGUGAGGCACUGAACUGUUUUUAGAUAUUGUCAUUAGUUCGUGGCUGGUUGUACUCAUCUCCGCAGUUGUCUUCACUACAUUAUUUUAACCCCCUUCAGUGCCAUGACGUGUUUCCAUAUUCACUCUACUUACUAUCUGGUGGGGUUAGAAUAGUGAAGACUGUGGCCAUUAAUCUUCUGACCUCCAUAGACCCUUCCUAAUGUCAAUGAAAUGGUCUAAUCGUACACAAAUCUCAAGGUAAAAAUGUGUCCCAGUAUUGAAGGCGUUAAACAGGUGCAAAUGUAGAGUAUUGAGUUUUUCGAGGCGUUUUUAUGACUUUAACAAUGGUGUGAGUGUCUUCCUGAGCAGUGUCUUACCUCCAUUGCACCUCCUGUAUAUACUUCUUGACUCAGGUACAGGGAGGAACUCAAAGAAAGACAAUUGGACCAGGAAUAUGAAGACUCUUGUGCAUGUUUUCUGUGAUUCUAGUGAUGGGCGGACGAGGAUAAUUCAGUGACCAAGAGGGAAGAGAGCUGAUCUAAAUGGACUCUUCUAUCUAAGCAGUUUGGGGGACUCUCUCUCUCUCUCUCUCUCUCUCUCUCUCUCUCUCUCUC